GAAGAGGCGAAGUUACAUAAAGUACAUUUCCGAAAUCGUGUCCGAAGGUUACGGCCAUUGUGCACAGCCGGAUAUUUUCUCGGUGUUAACCGCAAGCCAAUCCGCAAUUAAUAUCCACCUCGAACGACGUCCAUUGUUUAGACAAGAGUAAUGCUCGUCGCAAUGGCCAGGUAAGGAAGUCCAGUUUCACCGAUCCGGACAAUGGCGCAGCGUGGGACCGGGACGCGGCUGAUUGCAAAAGAGGAAGGGUGCCCUCGCGCAGGAAAAAGGCGAAAGAUAGAGACGGGAGCUCUCCGUAUGUAGGCGGAAAAAUGGCGCGGCUUGUUACUCGAGGAAGAUCGGGGAUAGUAUCGCUCAUGUGUGCGCCGAUGGCUCGAGGCUCGUAUUCCGCUAUAUAUUUCAUAUACGUAGGACUUUUAUCAACCGUUAGAAACUGGCGUUUCCGGCGAUAUCGGCGCAAUAUCUCAGGGACCGGCCUGCCGCUCGAUAAAUUCCAACCGGCACGCGAGGUUAGUGCGCGCCGAUUGUCAGCCACGAGUUUUCCGCUCGAGAAGUCAAAAUACACGAUACGCACGUGAAGAUGGAUCUU